AUGAAAGUGCGUUAAAAAAACUCAUACUUUAAGUAGUUAUACUUUUUUCAAAAGUCAACAAAUCAAAAUAUAUUAAUAGUAAAUCUUAUCUACUAUUAUGAUAUUAGAAUGAAUUAAAUCAAAUUAUUUAUUUCAGGAAAGGAGGUAAUUCUUGAAAGUAGAAAUAUUGAGUGGUAGCAGUUUUUCUUAAGUAUUGCACGAGUUUGUGUCAUAUAGAAUUAUGUUUAAUAAUUACAAGACUAUAAUUAGAAUUUAUUCGAUUCUGGUAAAAAAAUGUACUAUUUCAUUAAAAUGUACACCUUCAAUAAGCUUUAUUAAAUAUGGUAUAGAGUAAUACAAUCGUAAUAGACAUUCAGGUAAUUUAAUAAAUUCAAAAUGAUACAAAUGUUUCUCAAUCAUAUAAUAGAUAUUCAGAAUUUAGGGAAUACGGGGGAUUCUGAAUAAUAGAAUGGAUAUAGGAAACUGUUACUCCUUAUUAGAAUGCUAUGUAGUUUCGGAAAUGGUAUUGGUUUCUUUUAACAAAGAAUCUAUUAGAUUUGA